AUCGUCUUUGUACUUUCGAGGUCAUUCCUGUCAUUUCACCGUUCGUUUUGCGUGGCUUGUUAGAUUCAGAGAAACAAAAAUUGAAAAAGACCAACACGCCCUCAGCCCCUCUCUCUCUCGGCAAUUCCAAGCUUCUUCAACUCUCUGGCGUCGAAACUUGGACUUGGGUUUUGUAAAUUUCUCCGACCCAUUUCGCUUUCACCCAAAUUCAGAGAAUUUUCUCAAUUUUCUGGGUCCAAAAACUGAGAAUAAAUCUGUAAAUACUGUAGGUUCAGUUUCUUCUACCGGCACGCCUCUUUGAUUUUUCGUUUGCUUUUCUUCAUUUCUAGGGCAUCUUUCAUUCUUUGAUUUGAUUGGAUCUAUUGCUAGGAAGCAAUUUCUUGUGAGUUUGAAUCACUCCCCUCCUCAUUGGGUUUUUCAUAUUUGUCCUUAAUUUGCGAGGCGUCGAUCUGAAUCUGAAUUGAGCAGUCUGAAAGAGGGAAAUCCUCGGCCCCUUUGCCAUGGCGGUCUCAACUAUAGCAUUAUAUGCUAGUCCCCCGAGCAGCGUGUGCUCGACGCCGCACCCUUGCCAGAUCAACUCACACUCGCCGUACGACUUUGAAGUGAAUUCGCGGCCGUCGUCUUCGUCGUCCCCUGCGGCAUCCUCGUCUCAGAAGCCGAUGAUCGGUGGCCUCUCGUGCUUGUUCUCUUCUUCUACGGUGAGGCACGUCUCGUCCUCGUCGAGCUUCGCUAAUGGCGGAGAAGAGUUGGGAUUGCUGUGGCACGACAGAGGGGACGAAUUGAGUAGCUCUUUUAGCUAUUCCCCGCACCCGUCUUUUGGGUCUUCCUCGAAGAGGGAUCAGAGUCCGGUAUCGGUGCUCCAAGGCCCCGUAUCGUGCAGCAGUAGUCAUGGGUUGUUCAAUGGGUUUGUGCGAAACGCUUUGGGAUCGUGUAUUGAUUAUGACUCCCCGAGCUUUCAGAUGCACGGUGGUAGCGCGAUCGAGAUGGAUUCUUCUUCUGUUCUGGUGGAUGAGCUCACUUUUAACAUGGAUGAUAAUGUUGUGGAAACAAUUUCUGAUCCAUAUGCUAAAGAUUUGCUUUCGGGUGCCCAGUUGAGGCAUAAGAUGUUUUGCGAUGAUUUUGUUGUUAAGGCUUUUUAUGAAGCUGAAAAGGCGCAUAGAGGACAGAUGCGAGCAAGCGGGGAUCCUUAUUUGCAGCAUUGUGUGGAAACGGCAGUUCUGCUGGCACUAAUUGGUGCUAAUUCCACUGUAGUCGCUGCAGGCUUAUUGCACGACACGCUUGACGAUUCUUUUACGAGUUAUGACUACAUUUUCAGGACUUUCGGAGCUGGGGUUGCUGAUUUGGUUGAAGGGGUGUCCAAGCUAAGUCAAUUCAGCAAGCUUGCACGAGAGAACAAUACAGCAAAUAAAACUGUGGAGGCAGAUCGAUUGCACACCAUGUUUCUUGCAAUGGCAGAUGCCAGGGCUGUCCUCAUAAAAUUGGCAGAUCGAUUACAUAAUAUGACAACAUUGGAGGCAUUACCUGUGGCGAAGCAACAGAGGUUUGCUAAAGAAACAUUGGAGAUUUUUGUACCCUUGGCAAACCGUUUAGGAAUUUCUAGUUGGAAGGAGCAGCUAGAGAACUUGUGCUUCAGGCAUCUUAACCCAGACCAGCACACUGAGUUAUCCUCCAAGCUUGUGAAGUCCUUUGAUGAGGCAAUGAUUACUUCUGCUAUAGAGAAGCUAGAGCAUGCUCUUAAAGAUGGAGCAAUUGCAUACCACGGCCUUUACGGGCGGCACAAAACCUUAUAUAGCAUUUACUGCAAAAUGUUAAAAAAGAAGCUGACCAUGGAUGAAAUCCAUGAUAUUCAUGGACUUCGACUCAUUGUUGAAAAUGAGGAAGACUGUUAUAAAGCAUUGAGAAUUGUUCAUCAAUUGUGGUCUGAAGUACCUGGAAAGCUCAAGGACUACAUAAAUCACCCAAAGUUUAAUGGGUACCAAUCUCUUCAUACAGUGGUCGUGGGUGAAGGCAUGGUUCCCCUUGAAGUUCAGAUCCGGACGAAAGAGAUGCAUUUACAAGCUGAGUUUGGGUUUGCAGCUCAUUGGAGGUACAAGGAAGGUGAUUGUAUACAUUCUUCAUUUGUGCUUCAGAUGGUUGAGUGGGCCAGAUGGGUUGUCACCUGGCAGUGUGAGACGAUGAGCAGAGAUCCAUCAUCUAUUGGUUAUAGUGAUUCCAUGAAGCCUCCCUGCUCAUUCCCUUCCCAUUCUGAUGGCUGUCCGUAUUCUUAUAAACUUAGCUGCGGCGAUGAUGGACCUAUCUUUGUCAUCAUGAUUGAAAAUGAUAAGAUGUCCGUACAGGAGGUCCCCGCAAACUCAACAGUGAUGAAUCUGCUGGAGAGGGCUGGGAGGGGGAGCUCCAGAUGGACUCCUGACGGGUUGCCCAUGAAGGAAGAAUUGAGGCCAAGGCUCAAUCACAAGCUGGUUACCGAUCCCUCCUGCAAGUUGAAAAUGGGUGACGUUGUGGAGCUAACCCCACCCAUACCUGAUAAAUCCCUGAUUGAGUGUAGGGAAGAGAUCCAGCGAAUGUAUGAUCGGGGCCUGACCAUAUCAAGCACAGGGCCUGCUGCUGCAGCUGGUGGUCUGGCUGGGUGGAGAAGUUGACCAUUGUUUGGCUGUCCUAUUUGUAGUACAGCAUCAAGUGCCGGUCAAUUAUUGUAUAUAUGUGACGAUUAUUUGUACUCUUCACACCCUUUCAAAACCCAAAAAAGGGAAGAAAAAAACAAGAAUGGGAAUUGUACAGAACAGCUUUGUGGUCUUUGGGGAAACAAUGACUAACUGCAUUCAACGGAAGGUCCAAAGUUUUAUGUUUAAA